UUCACUACUACAACCCCCACAAUCCUGAGCAUUUACGUAGACAGUUGCGCUCCUGGAUUUAAAAGUUGAUUGGGGCUGUUGGUUUCGGCUGAGGAGUCGAGAUGAACUGGGACACCCAGCUGAGCUCUAUUAUGUCUGCCGCGGACGGCAGCGUAGCAAAGAUGAGGGAAAGACUGGCUACCUCACCAGGGAGGCUCCCUACAGGAAGACAAGAUUCUGCUCUAGUGAGAGAGGUGUCUGGUGUGUCAGGCUUGGAGCCUCUUCCUCCUCUCCCUCCUCUUCCUCACCCCUCCUGCUCCCUCACCCCGGUGCUGCAGUGGACAGACCUGGCCGCCGUCCAAUCACAGCUCCAGCUGCAGAGCCAGGCCGUGGAGUCUCUCUCCCAGCGGCUGCGGAACAUGGAAGCAGAGAGACAGUCCCAACAGCGCCACCUGGAGGAGCUGCAGGGGCAGGUGUCCAGGCUGAGGCAGGGGCCGGGCCGGGAGAGGGAGGAGGAGAGGAGGAGCCCUGAGGAGGAGAGCAGGGUGGAGCGAUGGAGGAGGGAGGUGGGGCGCGAGCUGGCCAGCCUGAGGACGCACGUCACCAGGGCGACGUCGCUAGGAAACCUGGAGGAGAGCUUCAGCUCCAAACUCCGCAGAGAGGAGCUGGACCAGCUGAGGAGAGAGGUGGACAAUCUGAAGACACAACUACGAAGACAAGAGGAGGACAUGUUUCUGCAGCAGUCUGAGUCCAGGGAGACCAGGAGGCAGUAUGAACGCAGCUGCCAGACGUUAGAGGAGCUGACCAGCAGCUACAGAACGCACAGCCUGGACCUGGCCAAGACCGUCUCUCAGUACACACACACACAGCAGGAGGUGCAACAGCUCAGGGUGACUGUGACGGAGCUGAGGGAGGAGGUGAGGAGUCUGAUUCUCAGAGAGAGACACUCCCCUGCUGCCCCCAAACACACACACACACCAGCUUUAGUAUCAGCUCCGCCCCCCAGGCGCCGGGUCAGAGGUCAGGAGGCGGAGCCAGACUCAGGCUCUGAGGACUUCAGUCCCACCCCCAGCCUGGCGGAGGUCAGCUCAGACGACCUUUCCUGGCUGGACGACCAAGACCCUGCUCCUCGCCACCGUCGCCCCCGGAUACACCUCGGCUGCAGAGAUCGGGAUCUCGGAGUGGGAAGUGACGACGACGAGGAUAACCUGGAGUUGGGAUCAGAGCUCAGCCUUGAUGACCUCUGACCAAUCAGGAACAAGGAAGGGUCAGAAUGCUGCUGCCUGCUGAUGAACUGAGAGGAGGGAAGGGGAGAGAGGAGGGAAGAGAGGAGGGGAGAGAGGAGGGGAGUGUGUGAAGGAGGCCGGGGACAGAUCAGACUUGGAACUGGUUCCACAUGGCGAGGAUGAGAAGCUUCUGGCAUCAAGAGUGACCGUUAUCUUGAAAAUUGACUCAAAACCAGGGUUCUUCAGGAGAACCUCAACUGCUCCCUAACACAGACUGAACAGCUGCUCCAGGCAGAAGCAGAUGUUCCAGUUCCCUGGUUGUGUCUGCUACAGAAUGAAUCAGGCCAUUCUCUCCUUGUCGUAUUGUCAGUGUAAAGUACUGCAGCAUGUCAGCACCACACAGACCCACUGGACAGCCUGAUAGAGUCCACAAUAACAUCUGUGUCAGCUCUGGAAUAAAAGCUCUUGAUUGGCUGAG